GCGCGACCAGCCGCAAGAGGCCGACCAGCAGUGGCGGCAGCUGGCGCAGCAGCAGUGUCUGACGGCGGCCUGCAGCAUGACGGAGCUUUUGGCGCUGGCGCGGGCGCUGGAUGUGCGCUACCACAUUGUGACCUUUGGCUUUGCAGUGUUCAUGGCAGGCGUGGUGCAUGUGGGCGCAGUAGCCUGCACCCCACGCGACUCGACCGAGCGCCAAUAUAGCGUCAACUGCGUCAAGGAGCACGUGCGGUGUCUGGACCGCCUGGGCAAGUACUUUGCCUUCCACUUCAUCAUGGCCAAGCAUAUACGCGCGCAGCUGCAGACCAUCGAGGCUACUGAUUUGCGGCGCCAGAGCGCUGCCAUGACGGCGUCGCGUCCGCCGGCUUUCCCGCCUACUAUGUCGCUGGCGUUCCCGCAGAUGCCUACGGCUCUGGCGAUGGACCAGGCAAUGCCGGAUCUGGGCCUGUCGGGCCUGGCAUUCCUGGAGCAGCCGCAGCUGCCGCCAGUCGGCCAGAGCGAGUCGUGGUUCAGCAGCCCGGGUGCGUCGCUUUCCAAUGCACCGUCGGUGGAUUUGCUGUCGGGACUGUUUGGCUCGCCGCCUGCUGCCACGCCGCCGCCAGUGCUGCCGUCAGAUGCCCAGUCGGUGAUAUUUGGUAUGCAGGGCAUGCAGGGCAUGCAGGGCAUGUCGGGUCUGGCGAGCCUGGGAUCCCUGGCUGAGCUGUUUUCGCCCUCGCGCGACGGCUCGUCGUCGAGCACACCCCUGUACCCGGAGAAGAUCCUGAAUUCGAGCCAGCUCGCCCCGCCGCGCCACCAGAGUACCAGCCGCCAGCACCGCACAGCCUCGACCGACGACGUCAAUAUGGCCAACCAGAGCCACUCCGCCGCCCAGUCGCAGGCAGACCCGGCUGCGCCCCUAAGACUGACGUCGCCAGGCGGUUUCCAGCAGUUCGGGUCACUCCCGCCGUUCUCACCGCUCUAACUAAAAAACCGCUUCUCUCUCUCUCGUUUCUUAAUCAUUAUGCAUGUAGCC